CGUAUGUUAAAAAACGUGUUAUCUCCACUUACAUCAUUUAUAAAGUUCAGCACCUUCAUUUUAUGAAUUGAACAAAAGUGAAGAAAGUUUUCAUAUCAUGGCCAAAAUGAGUGCUGCUUGCAUAGUUUUACCAUCCCUAUUCAUUUUCAUUUUUAUCUUCUUUGUUUCAACAACAUGUUGCUCUCAAGAAGAGCGAUCGAUAUACUUGGUUUUAUUGAGAGGAGAUCCAAUUGCAUUUCAUGAAGAUUCACAAAAUGAAGAUUCAUCAAGGAUUCACGUCAGCAGGAAAGCCUUGAUUAAGGCACAUGAAAAGCACUUAUUGGCAUAUCAUGAUAUGCUUCUACAAACCACUUUAGAGAAUGGAAGUUACAAUAAACUCCACAGUUUCAAAUACAUAAUCAAUGGAUUCUCUGUCCACACAACUCCUUCCCAGGCGAAAAAACUGAGAGGUACUCCUGGAGUAAAGUUGGUAGAGAAAGAUAGAGGAGUGAAAAUGAUGACAACAUACACACCUGAAUUUCUUCAUUUACCAAAGGGUAUAUGGGCACAAGAAGGAGGAGAAGAAAAUGCAGGUGAUGGAAUUGUUAUUGGUGUUAUUGAUAGUGGAAUCAAUCCACAUCAUCCAAGCUUUGCUUAUCAAUCUUUCAAAUCAAAUCUCUCUCACUUUUCUGGUGCUUGUGAGACUGGUCCAAAUUUUCCACCUGGUUCUUGCAAUGGAAAGAUAGUUUCAGCUAAGUAUUUUUCAGCUGGAGCUGAAGCUAUGGCUACACUUAAUGCUUCUGUUGAUUUUUUGUCACCUUUUGAUGCUGAUGGACAUGGCAGUCAUGUUGCAUCUAUUGCUGCUGGAAAUGCUGGUGUUCCUGUUGUAGUUAACGGUUUUUUCUACGGGCGAGCCAGCGGAAUGGCGCCGCGUGCAAGGAUUGCUGUUUAUAAGGCUAUCUACCCAUCUGUGGGAACUCUAGCAGAUGUUGUUGCAGCUAUAGAUCAAGCUGUCCUAGAUGGAGUAGAUAUCAUAUCACUCUCUGUGGGACCAAAUGAACCAACAGAAGAUACAUUGACAUUUCUCAACAUGUUUGAUAUUUCAUUAUUGUUUGCAAGAAAAGCAGGAGUUUUUGUGGUGCAAGCUGCAGGGAAUAAGGGUCCAACAUCUUCAACUGUAGUGUCAUUCAGUCCUUGGAGUGUUGGUGUUGCUGCUUGCAACACAAACAGAAGAUAUCGUGCUUCAAUUCUUCUUUUAAAUGGACAAAUAGUAGAUGGUGUUGGACUAUCAGGACCAAGUUUUGGAAAUGGGACAGUUUUUCAUAAGCUCGUAUUAGCUAAGGAUGCAGUAAAAACAAAUGGAACAUUUCCAAAUACUCCAGAGUACAUAGAAGAGUGCCAACAUCCAGAAGCUUUGGACCCUACUAAAGUGUUUGGAAGUGUCAUUAUCUGCAACUUCUCAGAGGGCUUCUCUAAUGGCACAUCAACUCUCGAUGCCAUUAUUGCCACUGCCAAGGCUCUAAGAUUUGAGGGUUUUAUUCUGACUGCAAAUCCAAACUAUGGUGAUUAUAUUGCAGAGCCAAUUCCCUUUGCUAUUUCUAGUAUCUUGAUUCCUUCUGUAGCUGAUUCCAAGGCUAUAUUGAAAUAUUACGAAGAAUGGACAAAGAGGGAUGAGAAUGGAACUGUUAAAGAAUUUGGUGCUGCGGCGGCCAUAGGGGAAGGAAGGGUUGCCUCUUUCAAAGGGCGAUCGCCAGUUGUUAGUAGAUUUUCUUCAAGAGGUCCAGAUUUCAUUGACACAAAAAGAAGUCCUGCUGAUGUACUUAAACCUGAUAUUCUUGCUCCAGGGCACCAAAUAUGGGGUGCAUGGAGCCCCAAUAGUGCAUUACAGCCUAUGCUAACAGGACACAGUUUUGCAUUAUUAUCUGGCACCAGCAUGGCAGCGCCUCAUGUGGCUGGAAUCGCAGCAUUGAUCAAGCAACAUAAUCCAUCAUGGACUCCAUCUAUGAUAGCAUCUGCAAUCUCCACAACCAGCACAAAGUAUGAUAAUCUUGGCGAUCCUAUGAUGGCUGAAGGCUUUGAGGUCAACACCUUGCAUCCCUCCACUCCUUUCGAAUAUGGCGCUGGCAUUGUGAACCCAAACCGUGCCAUUCGUCCAGGCUUGGUUCUAUCAUCAGAUUAUGAAGACUUCAUCAGCUUCUUGUGCUCUUUGCCAAACAUUGAUGCGAGUACAAUAACUACAGCAAUUGGAGAAAAUUGCAGCAGCUCAUUUGACUAUCCAUCUAAUUUAAACCUUCCAUCAGUGACAAUAUCUGCACUGAAAGGAUCGAUUUGUGUGAAAAGAAGUGUGAUGAAUGUAGGGAACAACACAGAGACAUACUUGGGCUCUGUUCUAUCUCCCAAUGGAACUACAGUUAACCUGAAUCCAACUUGGUUUACCAUAAGUCCGCUAGGAACACAAGAUCUGGAAAUACAAAUCAAUGUCACUCAACCAAUGGAGGAUUUUAGCUUUGGUGAAAUUGUUUUGACGGGAAGUUUGGACCACAUUGUAAGAAUAACUCUGUCAGUUGUGCCUGUUUCAGCAUAACGAAGAUCGAAUGUAAAAAUCUCCAUUCUAGCCCCUAAGAAUAUGUUUGAAUAUCUUAUGCAAAUAUGAUAAAAUGGGGCAAAACAAAUAUAGAAAUUAAGUUUUCACCCUAUUGUUUGAUUAUUCUGUAAUGGAUCAAUUUCAACAUUUUGAGGUAAACAAAAUAAAAUUAAUUACAACUUUAUUAGUUGUA